CACAUCCGCGUGCACGCACACAAAGUCGAACUGAAUUCUCACGCUGGUCCCAUCACAACAACUCUUUUGAGAAGUAAAUCGCACAGACCGGGACGUGACACGACGCAGACGAGGGACCGGUUGGGGUGAAAGUAGCCGAAUUGGAAGCUUGUCCAAACUGGCGAUGCUUAAGAGGAUGCUAAUGACCAUAACAGAAGCCCACCAGACCCAAGAUUGACACCAACUUGCCCGGUGCUGGUGAUGAUCCCCCGCACUCAGGCACUGACAAGAAAGGGGGUAAGAUGUUUGUGGAGUCUGUGGGUCGAUGGGUGGCAUGGGGCAUCCUGCUCCAGGUGGGAUUGGGUGCCUCCGCAGGUAGUUGCCCUCCUCGCUGUUCCUGUCGGCUCGAGACAAAGGAAGUCAUCUGCUCUGGCAAACAUUUAAACUCCAUCCCGGAGGGCUUUCCCGGCGAUACGAAACAUGUGGAUUUAUCCUACAACAAGAUUCGGACUGUGGGACGCCGCCAGUUCUCUGGCCUCCAUGAACUUCAAGAUCUGGAUCUCAGUGACAAUAUGAUCUCGAUGAUUGAGGUAGAAGCUUUCCAGGGACUACAGAACCUCAGGACGCUUCGGAUUAAGAACAAUCGUCUCAAGAUACUCCCUGUCGGUGUUUUCUCUGGCCUGUCCGGUCUACGCUUUCUAGAUCUGAGCCAGAAUGAGAUUCUGGUCUUCCUGGACUACACCUUCAGGGAAACGGUGAAUCUGCAGACGUUGGACGCUGAAGAGAAUGACUUGGUCUUCAUUUCACAGCGAGCUUUCUUUGGUUUGCACAGUUUGCAGGAACUCAACAUCAAUCGCAGUAAUUUGACGUCAAUUCCCACCGAGGCGUUGUCUCAGCUGCAAAGCCUCACGUACCUUCGCAUGCUGCGUCUCACCAUUUCUACGCUGCCCAACAAUGCUUUCCGCCGCCUGCACCGGCUGCGCACCCUCAUUCUUGCCAACUGGCCCUCAUUGGACACGGUGGCCGGUAACAGCUUGAUCGGGCUCAACUUGACCGCUCUGGUCAUCAGCAGCUGCAACCUCAGUGCAGUGCCAUAUUCCGCUCUGCAUCACCUGGCCUACCUGCGCUUCCUGGACCUGUCCUACAACCCCAUCACUGUAAUUCAAGGUAAUCUCUUGCGGAACCUCCUAAGACUCCAAGAGCUGCACCUAGCCGGUGGGAACCUGUUGCGAAUAGAGCCGGGGGCCUUCAAGGGCCUUGCCUCGCUCCGCAUGCUCAACUUGACAUCAAACCAGCUUACGACUUUGGAGGAGAGCACCUUGCACUCAGUGGGGAACCUUCAGGUGCUGAGGUUGGACGGGAAUCCCCUGUCCUGCGACUGCCGUCUGCUCUGGGUGGUCCGUCGGCGAUUACGUUUGAACUUUGACGGACGUCAACCCACGUGUUUGUCCCCUGACACCGUAAGGCAGCGAGAAUUCAGGGACUUUUCCGAAAAGGAGCUGUCAAGGGUGUUCACCUGUCGACCCGCUCGAAUCCUGGACCGUCGGCCGCAAGAGGCCAGGGUUGAAGAUGGCACCACUGUUCUCUUCUCGUGCAAGGCAGACGGGGAUCCUGCUCCGUCCGUCAUCUGGAUCGCAUCUCACAGGAACAUAGUUACUCCAGUGGGAAGAAUCAGAGUUUUACCCAACGGUACCCUGGAGGUGCGGUUUGCCCAGGUCCAUGACAGUGGCACAUAUCAGUGCCUCGCGGGCAACGCCGCCGGCAACGACAGCAUUACAGUCGGCCUCUAUGUUAAGGGGGGCCCACGCAACCGGACCAUCCCCUCCUUCACAGAGGAAGACUGGUUAGAGCCCCCGAUUCCACAAGCCACAAACUCCUCGGCCCAACUGGCAAAGCCAUACCCCUUUGACGCCAAGACCCUGAUCAUCGCUACCACCAUGGGCUUCCUGUCCUUCCUCAGCUCCGUGGCCAUCUGCUUCAUCUUCAUGUUCUUCUGGAGCCAGAGCAAAGGCCAGAUCAAGCACACGGCCACCAUCGACUUCGUUCCUCGCUCUUCCAUGGGCGGCGGAGGGCACGGUGGGGACGGCGGCAGGUUCACCAUGAAACUUAUUUAAAGCCAAUUUAGUGUUCACCGUUGUGAGGACGACUCAAAUGUCUUUCAGAGAGAAACUUUCUUGGGCUUGUUAUAACUUGAGGGCAGGGGUUCUCAAACUUUUUGGGUCUUGGGAACACUCACAAGGACUCCCCUCAUGGGGUGAGCGUGAACCCCACUGCAAUAGAGAUCAAAAAAUGAACCAUUUGAGAAAGAAUUCCAAAAGCUACCAUAAGAAAUUCCAAAAUUUGGUUCUAAAAUGAAAGAUUUUUCAGGAAAAAAAGUCAAUCAUUUGGCUUCCAUUGCCUAAUUGGUUCCGUGACCUACCUCGUAAAUCAAUUUACUCGUAUUACAAAUCACUUUUGCCCACUGAAAGAAAAUUAAAUGCUAUUUACCCAUUCCAGGUCCCCACAAACUGCCAAAAGAUUUUGGUUACACAUUUUAAAUAGAAAGAAAAUAGUGCUGUUUUGUAAAACAUUUACAUAAAACCACACAAAACAAAAGUGACUAUAAAGACAUAAACUGGUUUCAUGUGUAAUUAGUUACACACACACACACACACACACACACAGUAGGGGGCGUGGCCUUGUAAGUGACAUCAUUAGCUGCAGUCGCGGCAUGAGUUCAGUUUUAGCUUCUUUCGUACUCCUUGAGAUGCAAGUAUGUCACUUAAAAUAAUGGCAUCAAAUAAUGCAUCACAACCUCUUUUGCAGACUCCCAGCUAAUAUUUCAAGGACCCCAGUUUGAGAACCGCUGCUUUCGAGCCAUGUUUUCAUCUUAACCAACAAUCAUCCUCACCGUGCUCGCCGUGCGCAACUUUGCUGCUCUCACUAACAUCAAAAAAUGUUCAGAUGCAAAUAUUACUCUACGAAACUUUUCAAGUGCUUCUUCCAGCGGCCAUUUUGUAACAUUUUCAUUGCCAACACGAGUAGACGUGCUCACUGUGAACACCAGUC